AUGAAACUUUUAGAGCGCAGCGUCAAGCCGCUGUCCAAGCUCGAGAAAAGCAUUUACAGGCCGCUGCUGGCGCCAGUAGAAAAGGUUUCCAAGCGGGCAAUUUUCCUGUCGUUCUCAGAUAACUACCAAACCGGUGACGAAAACGUCUUGCCAUAUCCUGAGCGCUCCAAGAAGGGUAUCUGGAUGCAGGCAAUGACCCAGAAUGUGGCCAAAAGCCAGUUAAUGAUUGUUCUGAACCCCACGAAUCCCGAAAUGAUUCGGUUCGCUCAGGAGAAAAUCCGCAAGCUCCACGAGAUCAGAGUGUUUUCGUGCUCUCGUGACGAACUCCAGGCGAGUAUAUUCGGAAGAUCAGCUAGUCCGUUCGACUAUUGGCGAGCCCACAAACCUGAGCUCAUUCCAAAUACUCCAGAAACAUCUUUGGUGGCAAUAGAUCCCCCGCUAGCUCUGCUAACUGCUAGUGAAGAGUACAGUUUGGCGGGAGCACUCUUGCAGUCUGAGGUGGAUGUGGACGAGUACAUCCGGCAACUUUCAGCAUCUCAAACUUAUUCACACGAACUAUUGCAUAUGAAAACACUGGCCGGACUCGGCCUCACUAAGGUCACGGCUAUUGAAAACGGUAUUUAUUUAAGCCAUCCAUAA